AUGGCCUCGCCUACCCCGCCGACCUCACUACAGCAAUUUGUUUCCGACACUCAACUCGACCUCCUGCCACUUAUGCAGAAUUACAGGAAACCCCAGCAACAAUACACAACUCCUUUUACAAACUUGGCUCCACCUAGUGAUGAAGUCGACUUGCUAUUCACGCCUCCAGGCCACCGGUUGACAUUUAUCGAUAAUAAGCAAGGCGUUCGAAGGUUGAGUGCUGAAAACGCGGCAAAGCAUCGUCAUGCGAUCUUUACUGCCCCAAAAGAGACCGAGCGUCAACAUAUGAGUGACGAGGUCAUCAACUCUUUGUCUGAUCAGGACCCUGGUCGCGCAUUACUGGACCUAGAGAGAUUCGAGUCCAUAACCAACGAUAUCGCCCCAUUUUCCCUCUUCCGUGGACCAUUCGGUGUUUCCAAGCUGCCGCCUCUUUCAGAACCAGAAGACACGAGCCCCGAAUCCAACGAUGGCCACAUUCCAUUUGACGACUGGUUCUCAGAGCCAAGCACCUUUCCGCUACCGGUAGAAGAGAUCGACUUUUUUUCCAGUCUUAUACAUGAUCCGGGUGAAGUCUUGAACGACAAUACCGAGUUAUGGAAUUUGAUCCCAUCUCCGCCCAGGGAUAUAGAAGGGGCUUUUGAGAUGUCACCGUCUCCGCCAGAUAUUGUCCCAAUGCAUUUCAACGAGAAUGUCGAAGCAUGGGCCAUCCUGUCAUAUUAUAAGGAGAAGAUAGUUCCGCUGAUAUCACCGUUCGAACACGGCCAAGAAGCUCCCUGGGGAACCCUCGUGGUCUCAUGCGCAGUGAAUACACUUGGAGAGACUGUCAUGAAUGGUAACCCCUCCAAUGCGCGUUUUACACUACUCCAUGCCCUGUUGAGCGCCAGCUCUUUUCACAUGGGUCAGCAUUCAGCAAUGGAAGUUAAGCAUUGGAUCACGACAGGGGAAGCUUAUCUGAAGCGGGCGGAGCACCAUUUCAUGCGAUGCAUUGAGGAAGCAUAUACCUCCGCUACUAAGAAAAGCAAAUACAAGGAGGUACUGAUGGCAAUUUUGAGCCUCUCUACCGCUUACAUGAUAAAGGGAGAUCCGGAGAAACGACUCGCCUGUCUCAUUCAAGCAGAAAAGUUCAUCAAUGCCAAUGGAUUCUCACAGUCUAACCUAUCUCCCAAGCGAAGGGCGCUGCAUCAUUGUUAUGCAUACAUGCGCAUCAUGGCCGAGACUACAAGUAUCGACAGCCUAAGCACACAGCUCGCCAAUACAAGUCUAUCAGAUGAUGGCACCGCCCAUGCAGAUUUUCGAAUAUCUCGUGAUAUUGCUUUCUCCGAUAAUAUCAUGGCCAUGGAGAAAGACCCUAACGUGGCACAACGUGACCUCCACCUGGCUAUCCCGGGUCGCUGGAGCUUGACACUCUUCCCCAAAAUGUAUGGGGUAGCCGAGAGCUUUCUCAUGCUUUUAUCUCAGGUAAUUCGUCUUGCCAAUGAGAGAGAUCUCUCCAUGAGAGAGGGCAAAGAGGGAAUGUUGAAUCUCAAGGAAUUUUGGACAAGAGCAAAGGCCAUCGAGAAAGGAAUUCAUCUACUCGUCUCCUCAUGCCGAACAGGAUAUAUGCGGAAUAACUUUGAAGACGAAAAUCAAUCCGAGGCAGCAAAUAUACGAGCCCAGACAAUGUAUACGGCCCUGCUAAUCUUCUUCCAUCGUCGCAUAUACGACCUUGACGCUGCUCUACUACAGACAGAGGUAGAUGCCGUGAGAGACUCUUUGGAGACAAUACAGCAAGGAGAAGUCGGUCAGGAUUAUGGAAAUACCGCCAGCCUUAUAUGGCCGGCUUUCAUAGCUGCCUGUGAAGCUGUCAGCCCUGCGUCGCAGUUGUUCUUCUCUGCCUGGUUUGAUCGAUGUUACGCAACCACUGGUCUCUCGAAUGUGGCGCUUGCAAAGCAGGUUUUUGAAACCAUCUGGACCAAGAGGAGAGAGACUGGUCUUUAUGGAGAGAUGUGUAGCUGGCCGGAGGUUCUGAGGGCGAAGAAGAUACGAUUAAUGUGUACUUGA